ACUUGCCCCCAGGGUCAAUUAAUCGCGCAUCAGUGAUCAUCUGCAAAUGUGUCGGAGGAAUUUCAGCCGCUCUCCAGAGUUCCAGGUGUUGUUAGUAUGGGAAGUCGACAACAAUGGCUUACACGACUGAAAAAUGAGUUAAGCAACAGUCCUCUCGUGUCUAACGUGGCCUUUGGGUUCAUCCUGAUGGGACUGGAGAAGUUAGUGGAGCUGGAGUUUGAGUGUCCGUGUAAUCCGACCUGGAACGGGCUGUUUUCCUCCGCGUUCUUCAUCAUCCCCGCGGUAAUGGCGUUCGCGUUAAUGAUGAUCAUUCAGGGAUGCAGGUGUGAUGUUUGGUGCCGGAGGACCAUGUCUCUGUCCAGUUUCGUGCCCGCGGUUGUCUGGUUGAUUCUGCUUUUCCUGGACGGUCAGUAUUUCGCCUGCGCGAUGACAGAUUGGCACGGUCGAUUCGUGAUAGUGGAUAAAGCCGCGCCGCAGAAAUGGUGCGAACCCACGCAAGAGGAGAACGUGACCCCUCAAGAACUCAUGCUGCGCUCACAGCGACUGUUCGUCGAAUCUCAGGUGAUCGGCAUUGUCCUGCUCAUUUUUAUCUGUUUUGGACUGGUCGUGUAUGUGAUCAGAGAAAGCUGCCAACAGGAGCUUGAAGCUCAAGACACUAAUGUAGCGGAGAUGAGUCUGUAUAGCUCUAGCUGACCGACACCUGGACAUGCAUCUGCCUGCAAACCACAAAGCAACGAGAGAACAGACCAUUCUUCCUCCUGUUUGAAAAAACAAACACUUGAAACAACCUUUUUUGUAAUCACCUUUGGUCACCCUUUACAUCUCAAGGUUCAUGUUAUAGUGAACUGUAAAGUGCUGUAUAGUUUUACUACUUGUAAAACAACACGUAUCAAGUAAUAUUCUGGAUAUAAUACAUGCAGUCAUUUACAACAGAAAAUAUUUAGACUGGUUCCUCAUUGCUGUGACUCUAAUUGAUGUGCAGACAGAAUUGCACAGAUGGAAAUGGAGCUUUACACAAAUAGCAGCUGAAAGCUCAAUGCAGUUAAUUGACAUUAUUGUCACUUAAUAAGUGCCUCUGUUACAACUGUUACUUCAAUAUAAUGCAUAGUUUUAGCAACUAUUAAGUCACGAAUUACAGCGAGCACGGUGUUAUAAUCACAGACUUGUCCAUCAACACAAUGACAAUUCAGGCAUGAAAACAAAACAGGGUGGAAUUUAAGAAAGUGUGUUUGGACGAUUUGGAAAAGAAAUAGAUGAACCCUAAUACAAAAUUGAUCAACAAAGCCUUGAGUUACUGUUAAAGAUCACUGGGUGGUGUGAACUAAAACAGGCUGUAUACUUGUUUAGUGCAGUUAAUCUGUGCUGAUUUAGUUAUUGAUGGUAAAUUAGUCCAGAUUUGACAAUCAUAUGCAAGGAUGUAGCCAAAUAUAACAGAUUAAGAAUUGGUCAUUGAAACCCCAAUCUGGUUUUCUUCUGUGUGAAUAUAUACCCUGCUCCCAUCAUGCAUUAAUAACCUUCAUCAAAAUUGAAUUAUUAUUAUUAUUUUAUCAUUCUGAUGGGACUGUC